UUAGGUUUUCUAAAGAGCCAAAAUAUUUAAGAAGAGAGAAAAAUCAUGGACAAAGCUCAAGCGAUUUUCUAAUCCAAACAACCUUCUCGUUCCCUUCCUAAGGUGAUAUAGAGAAAUACUCCAUGGCUACAAGGCUCUCAUAACGCGUGAAUAUAUAUAUCAGGUCCAUCUUAUUCGUUUACAUUCUUGAAUCUUGUACUUCGUGUUUUUAACGUGUUGUAAUUCAUACUAACCGCACAAUUGAGUUUCUGGAAUGUUUUGGAAAAGAUUAAACCCAUCAUCUCGAAGCUUGCACGCAGGAAUAAAGCCACGCCAUGGUUAGGGCAUAAUUGGACCAUGCACUCGUUUUCAUGUCUUCAGGUAUUUUCAAGCCAAACAAAGAUCACUAUUGGAUGCGCAAGGUUUGUUUUAGGGGAUCUGGGCGAGAUUUGGAGUCGUGUGAGAUCGUUCAUGGCUGUUUGAGAACCACGAAAUUGAAUAUGAAGAACCUACGGAAAAUCCGCAGGCAAUUCCGCAGCUAAGGCCCUAGGAAAAUCCGCAGGUAACUUUGGAGAUGAUGAUGAAUAGUGGAUUGAGAAGGACGACUGUGCGUGGCUUGUUUUGAUUCGUUGGUCAAAUGUUCCAUGUUUUCUCUCUCUCCCACAUUGGCUGGUCAACAUAUUCAGAAUUCCUCUCUCCACUCAUCAUUGGCACGCGUGCAGCUCUGUGGGCCCAGGGAUUGAUUCUUUGACUUUUUCCUUUUACACUUAUUUUUAUAUUUAUUUUUAUGAAGUGAUUUAUUUGACUAUAAAUCGAAUGCAGCACAAUUGGCAGGGCCUCAUGUUUUUAUACCACAAGACCCAGGUUCGAAUCUGGCCAAAGACAAAUGUUUUUUUACCAUUUAUAAACUUUGCGAAUCCAGUACAGACGCCCACGCCUGACCAUGGUGUUCCCUCACAUCUCCACCAUCAGAUUGUUCCAAGCGCUAGAUCUGACGGCCAGGAAGUGCACGCCCACAGUGAACCUUCAAGAUCCAACAACACCAGAUUCCAGCGCCAGCAUCAUGAAUCUCGAGCGAUCUGUCAGAAAUCUUCAGGCUCAGAACAACCAUUUCCAAGAGAUGAUCCUUAACUUGUCCAAGGGGCAAGAAGAAUUGAAGACACUUCUGAUCAAGAAGAAGAAGGAUCAGCAUAGGCAGCAAGGUAGUCAGAAAUCCAAACCUAAGCGAUCAUUUACUCCGUUGCACAUGCCGCUGACCCAAGUUCUGCAGCAAGUGCUCAAUCAGAACUUGAUAACCCUAUUGCCUCCAUACUCAGUUCCUGCCAACCCUGCUCCGGGGCACAAGUAUAAUGGAAGAUGUGCUAAUCAUUUGAAUAGUCCUGGUCAUGAUACCGAAUAUUGUGGACCAUUGAAGCAUAGGAUUCAAGAUUUAAUCGAUGACAAGAUCAUAGAUUUCAAUUCACAUGAGGAACCUCAUAUGGCUAAUGUUGUGCACAAUCAGAAGGGUCGUAAUGAACGCAACCAAACUGUUGGGGCAGUCCUGAUCUCUACAUCAGUUCCACAACAACAACGCAAGCCAGAGACACCUAAGCGUCAAUUAACCAAAAUUAACAUGUCAUUAGAUCAAGCAUUACGACAUUUGUUGAAGAUCGAAUUGAUUACUCCGAGGGACCCUCCUAAGACGCAUAUGGUGAUCACUGCUCCCGUGCCUAAUCAUGACAAGUCUGACUAAUGUCUAGAAGGAUGGAUUGUUGGGUCAUUAGCUUUGCUUUUAUUUGCAAUUUCAAUCCUGUUUGUUUAAACAUUUGACUUAUGAUAGACAUUAUCUGUUUUAAUAAUCAUCA